AUGAGUUUGACAAAAUCAUCAUGGGCUAUUACUGAUACUAUCAAUCCUAAAGUGCUUCAUGAUUUUCAGAGUAUAAUUGGUUCUAAACUGUCAACUUCACAUAUCCAAAGUAACAAUAAAUUUUUGAUGCCAGGAUCGCAUCUGUUGUACUUUAAUUCAUCUUAUUCGAAGUUGGAUAAGGAUGGGUACUUCAAUUCCCAAACGCCGUCGAUGUUACUCGAUAAGCCUGAUUUAACGUUUAGAAGAAGACUUUGGUCAAAAGGUGACAUCACAUUCAAGCAACAACUGAAAUUUGGCUCUGUUUAUACAUGUACUGAGAAGGUCAAGCACUGCAAAAGAAUCAAAGAUAAUUAUUAUGUUGGGAUCGAGAGACUGAUACGACCUUACAAUUGUUCUGCUAAUACUGAAAGUAGUGACAAUUCUGACUAUUGUAUCAAAGAGACGAGGUGGCUAACAUACACUAAUUUGCCACCUGUAAUAUAUAAAGUAAAUAGAGGUGUUGAUAAAAAUCUUUUGAAACGUAUAGGGGAAUUCCAAUUUGAAGAUAUCGAUAUUCUGCGAUAUGGUCAAUUAACAUUAAACCCACAUCGGAUUCAUUGGGAUAAGAAUUACAGUUGUAGUGUUGAGAAAUACGACAACAUCAUAGCGCAGGGUCCAUUGAUCGUUCAGGCAUUAAUAGAUAUAUUUAACAAACAUUUUACAAACCUUCAAUUCCAGAUCAAAAGCAUUAAAUAUAAGAACGUCAACAAUCUCUAUCCGGACACUAGAGCUCUUGUAUCUUUGGAGAAAGCUGAGGAUGACGUGUUUAACUUGUAUCUGACAGAUGAAAAAUGGUUACCUUAUAUGCAGCAAUGA